ACAAAGUUGUUUACAUGUGAUCAGUGUAGUUGUUCAUUUGAAAAGUGGGCCAAACUACAAAAGCAUUUGAAACAACAUGAUGAUGAAUGCAUGUAUCGGUGCAAGUACUGCUCGAAGGCCUUCCAGAAGUUCAGUCAGCUCGCCAGGCAUAACAGGAUACAUACAGGUGAGCGACCUUACGAAUGCAACAUCUGUGAAAAGACCUUCAAUCAGAAAGGUGCCCUUGUUACUCAUCUUCAUGGCCAUACAGGUUGCAGCAGACCACACAAGUGCACUUUUUGUCCGUCAUCUUUCACACAGAAGGGGAAUCUCAGAGCCCAUAUACAGGUGAACGGUGUAAAAUGGCACCAGUGCAAUCGCUGCUCCAAAGAGUUCAAGAAGCCGAGUGAUCUCAUCAGACACGUCCGCAUACAUACCAGGUCACGACCUUUUGUAUGCAAUAUAUGUCAGAAGUCAUUCUCGGUCAAGAGUUCACUUACGUCGCACGUCCGAACUCAUUCAGGAGAGAAACCUUACAGUUGCACAUUCUGCAAGCGGACAUUUACUGUGAAGUCGACCCUGGAUUACCAUGUGAAUACCCAUUAUAAAAGUGAGAGGCCAUUCAAGUGCAAGGAAUGCGACAAGAGGUUCAACCAGAAGAGCACUCUAAACAUCCACAGUCUCAGACAUCAGGGGUCCAAGCCCCACCUCUGCCCGGUCUGCCACCAGCGCUUCACUCAGAAGGGCAACCUGAAGAGCCACAUGAGACGGGUGCACUCCAGGAACUUGGAGGAUAGCCAACUGUGGAUCACUAAUAAUAAUAAUAAUAAUAACAUUUUUAAUAUUAAUAAUAGUAAUAAUAAUAUUAGUGGCAGUCACGUGAUGACGACGUCAUCAGUGGCAGCUGGAAUGAUGGAAGAUGUUUCAUUUGCUGAUGGGAAAGUUGGCGUUGGGGCUGGAGGAGGUGAUGGCGAACCAGGUGAUGAAGUGGCUGAUGACGACGACAACGAUGAUGAUGGUGGGGGUUGUGGCGGUGCUGAAGAUGAUGGUGAUGAAACCUGGUACACCAUUAGGGAGGUGAUCAAGAAUGAUCACGGUGACGUCACCGGAACCGGAAACAUCCAUGAUGAUGAUGAUAAUGAUGGUGGUGGUAGUGGUAAUAACAAUGAUGAUAAUGAUCGUGGCGGUUGUGAUGAUAAUGAUGCCGAGAGACGAGAUGACGUCAUCAUAAACGGCGAAAACUGGACCGACUUCAUCAACAACGCUGACGGUCAUCAUGGCGAUAUCGUCGACUGGUGAGAUGUUGAAGUUGCGGAGAGGCUGUCGCAAGAUGUUGAUAAAUUGUGAGAGGAAAUAGAUAUUACGAUGACGUAUGUCAGAGGUCCUACUAAAAAGAGAAAGAAAAAUCAAUAUUUUUUUUUCGGAGUUCUUUCUUAAAUUUUUGUAGCGCUUAUUUUAAACUCUUAACAGACAGUUUUCCAUACUUCGACAAUUUUCACGUAACUAUUCAUAAGUUUACUGCUAUUGAUUUGCGAUGUUUCAUUGAAAUAUUAUAUUCACACUGAUAUCAUUUGAUAUAUUAUUGUAGUUUGAAUGACAAUUACUAGCUGUGUGUGCGUGCGUGUGCGUGUGUGUGCGUGCAGAUGAAAAUUAUGAGACUUUAUGUUAAAACGUGAUGACUAUUGAAAAUUUGUAAUUAAACUACAUACAAUAGCAUGGCUGGUUUUAUUUUCAAACAAAAAAAGAUUUUCAUUUAAAUUUGUUGCGUGUUGUUUUAUUUAAGGAAAAAAAUGUUUGUUCAAUUGAGGAAGCUUUGGAAAGUUUUGACGAAUUUCGGUAAGUUUUUUGAUAUUUUUUGAUAUUUCAGGUUUUAUGACCAGUUGCUAAAAAUCUGAAUUGAUUCAAGAAUAAAAUGAAAUAGAACUAAAGAAU